UGACACGGCGGGAAGGCCGGUGGCCGCUGCAGGCGGCGGCGGCGGCGGCACCACCGCGAUGGAGAGCCAGGCAGCUCCCUGUUGCAGCACGAAACUGUCGGAGGUGUGGAAAGUGCAGGGGCUCCCCGGUUCCGUCGGGUCCUGAGAGAGGGUCCUUCCCCGGCAUCAACUGCGUUUUCCGCGGGGCGGAGAAAACUUUCGACCGUGUCAAGGCGCCGAGUGGCCGGAAGAGGGCGCCGCGAGCAGACGAAAGGCGCCCCUGCCGGCGGGGCGAAGGAAGCGCAGCCAUGGGUAGCUCCGCCACGAAGGGCGGGCCAGUCCGGCAGGCGCCCCCUGGUCCCUUCGCCUGGCAGCCAGAGGUGAAGGCGAAAGCCCGGCCCUCCAGAGAAAUAUGCAGCUGCUGUCAAGAAACUGAUUGUGCUGAGAGCAUUGGACCUUCCCAGCGCUUUGCAGAGCUGAGAGAACGCACCAGUGUCAAUAAGGAUUCAAAUGCGGGGCAGGUGCUGAAAGGGGCGCUCUCGAACCGCGCGAUGGAACGCUCGCUGCUCGUCGGGAACGUCCGGCCGACCCAGGUCAGAGAUGACGACAGAGCUGGGAAGUUCCGCCGUGGGGGAAUGUUUUACAAGCUGCGUGAAGUGAAUGGAGAAGCAGAGGGAUCUUCUUAUGACUAUGAUUUCAUCGUCAUUGGAGGUGGUUCAGGUGGGCUGGCAGCAUCCAAGGAAGCGGCCAAACUUGGAAAGAAGGUCAUGGUUCUGGAUUUUGUGGUUCCAACUCCUUUGGGAACAAGAUGGGGGCUUGGGGGAACUUGUGUAAAUGUAGGCUGCAUACCUAAAAAGCUGAUGCACCAGACAGCUUUACUUGGUCAAGCUAUAAAAGAUGCACCCAGAUUUGGAUGGCAGUUGGAUGAAACUGCCAUAAAACACAGCUGGGAGUCUAUGACAGAGGCAGUUCAGAAUUAUAUUGGCUCCCUGAAUUGGGGAUACAGGGUGUCUCUCCGGGAGAACGGCGUCACGUACGAGAAUGCUUAUGGAGAAUUUGUUGGUCCACACAGAAUUAAGACAAGAAAUAAUAAAGGGGUAGAGAAGUUUUACACCGCUGAAAGAUUUCUGAUUGCCACAGGAGAAAGGCCCCGCUAUUUGGGCAUACCUGGAGACAAAGAGUAUUGCAUUACCAGUGAUGAUCUUUUCUCCUUGCCCUAUUGCCCGGGAAAGACAUUGGUGGUUGGAGCUUCCUAUGUAGCCCUUGAGUGCGCAGGAUUUCUAGCUGGCCUUGGCUUAGAUGUAACAGUCAUGGUGCGCUCCAUCCUCCUGAGAGGCUUUGAUCAGGAUAUGGCGAACAAAGUAGGAGCACACAUGGAAGAACAUGGGAUCAAGUUCAUUAGAAAAUAUGUCCCCAGCAAGAUUGAACAGGUUCAGGAAGGAACUCCUGGCGUCUUACGAGUCACAGCUCAUUCUACAGAAAAUGCUGGGGUAUUUCAGGAAGAAUACAAUACAGUGUUGCUAGCUAUAGGAAGGGAUGCCUGCACAAGAACGAUUGGCUUGGAGAAAGUUGGAGUGAAGCUCAAUGAAAAAACAGGGAAAAUCCCUGUCAAUGAUGUGGAGCAAACAAAUGUGCCUUAUAUCUAUGCCAUUGGAGAUGUUUUGGAAGGCAAACUAGAGCUCACACCAGUGGCAAUUCAGGCGGGUAGAUUGCUGGCUCGGAGGCUGUAUGGCGGAGCAAAAACAAAGUGUGACUAUGUGAACGUUCCUACCACAGUAUUCACUCCUCUGGAAUAUGGUGCCUGUGGUUACUCUGAAGAAAAAGCAAUAGAGAUAUUUGGGGACAGAAAUAUUGAGGUUUAUCACAGUUACUUCUGGCCGCUGGAAUGGACUGUCCCAUCCCGGGAUAACAAUAAAUGCUAUGCAAAGAUAAUUUGCUGCAUUCCCGAUAAGGAGCGUGUCAUUGGUUUCCAUGUGCUGGGUCCAAAUGCUGGAGAAAUUACACAGGGCUUUGCAGCAGCCAUAAAGUGCGGAAUCACAAAAGAACUACUAGACAGUACAAUAGGGAUUCAUCCAGUCUGUGCAGAGAUAUUCACCACAUUGUCUGUGACAAAGCGCUCAGGUGGAGAUAUCCUGCAAUCUGGAUGCUGAGGUUAAGCCCACCCACUGUUUGCUGUUGCCAGAGACUGGCUUUCAUCACUAUCACCAGGUGGUUCCUAAAAACCAGAAAGGGAAGCAGCUAACAAGCAAGCAAUAGUGACAACAUCAAUGAACAUCUGCUUUCUUCAACAAGUCAUUCCCAACAGGAGGGAUGUAUAAUGUUGAGAACUGCAAGGUUACUAGUGAUGAUUGAGUGGCAACUGAUGCAACAGUGGGACAAGCCCAUAUCAAGAUGUUGCUUGACAAGGCAUUGAAGAUGCUUCUAUGAAGUUGCAGCCUUAAACCAGGAUUUUCUGGUAGGCAGCAAUGGAAGAAUUGCUUGGCACAGCUUGAGAGAGACUUAGCCAUUUUCUUGUCUUGGAAUGAAGAUAUUCCUUCCCCUUCAUUAUAUGUCAAUUUUCUCAGAUUGUUGUUAUGGGACAUUUCCAAGUGUACUUCUGCAGGGGGACCACAUAGUCUUCCCAGACUUCUAAGGGAAUGAAAGAACAAGCAUGGGAUGGAGUGAUUCUGUUCUUUGCAGAUAGUCCUAAGUAUCAAUGUUCUGUGACUUAUCUUUCUUAUUUUAUCCAGAACUGGAGAUCAGUAUGGCUCCUCAAACUCCAUAAAUAAAAAAGAGCAUAAUCUUUAGA